GUUUUCCUUUUUCUCUUUUUAAAUUUUCAGAUUUUCAGGCGUCCCGCGAGGCUGGCGGGGACGUUCUGUGGCAGCUCCCGACAGGGUCUCAGGGCGGGAGCCGCCGCCGUUCCCCGCGGUGUGUGCUGUCGCUUUCCGUGUCCCCCGCACCGCACGGCUGGGGAAGGCGGCGCCGCGGCGGGCACGGCAAGGUGCGGCGCCCGGCCAUCCCCCGCGGCGCCGGGUCGCUGCCGCCCCACCGGCUGGCACCUCUCAGGGGAGCCGGGGUCCCUUCUCUCCCGUUAAAAAUAAAACUCCCUAUUAGGGGCGAAGGCGAAUUCCUUCGGGAAGCUCCUGCCGCAGGUGCCCGCCGGCUCUCCCCAGGCAGCGCUGCCAGGUGGGAGGCGGCACCGCCUCCUCCCUCUCUCCCUUCUUCCGUCCCUCCCCGCGCCGGGCGCGAAGCCGCUGUCCCCUGGCGGAGCUGGCCAUGGCGACGGGCCGCGGACGGGCCCUGCGGUUGUACGGCAACUGCCAGACGCCUCCGGGCGACGCGGCGGCUCCCCACGGUGCCGGUGAGGUCGGGCCUGCUGCCGCCGCCGUCGCCACCCCUCGUCCCGGCGGGCCCAGAAAUAGGUCAAGGAGCUUGGCUGCCAGGCCUGGGGAACAUUUUGAAACUGUAAAUGCUGGAAUUAGAAGUCUGUAUUUGGCGCCUUCCAUGAAACCAAAGUCUAGAUUGUGCAUUGAGAGCAUGCCAUCAGAAAUGCUGCUGAAGAUAUUUUCCUAUUUGGAUGCUGUGUCCCUGUUGUGUGUUGGUUGUGUGAAUAAGCACUUCUAUCAUCUGGCCAAUGACAAUGGAAUCUGGCUGAAAAUCUAUUCCAGUUGUUUUCGACCAAAAAAGACAAUUUGGAAAAUGAAGUCUGAACAAACAGAAACUGCUUCCUUGGACUGUACUGCUCUAUAUGAUAGAAAGCCUGGGUAUUGGAAGAAAGAAUAUAUCUUCAAACAAAUAGCUGCUGUCAAAACUAGAGUAACGCGACUUGUUAAACCUGUAGAUCCUUAUACAGGUCUUCCAUGUAAAAACAAAGAAGCUAUGAAAGCCUCUGGCUUGAGUUGGAUAAUUGUUCUAAAGGACAAAAAUGGAAAGGAACAUGUAAUGGAGAAGGCAAACCUGUCAUUUAAGGACACAUCUGUUACUAUACUUUGGUAUAGUACAAAUUGGCCAUGCUUAGACAACCUGACAACCCUAAAACUAUUUGGAGUUGUGCCGUUGCUUCCUGACCAAAGCAGAGAUCUCAGCAAGAAUGGACCUCGUCGUCGUUCCUUAAUUGCUGAAUACCAUCUUGCUAACCUGACUGAAAGUAGUGUAGCACUUGGUGCUGAUAAGCUUGUCCAGCUCUUCAGUCUGAAUCCAGGACUCUUAGUAGGACUUUGGAAGGAGAAAAAUGAAAUUGCUUUUGUUAUGAUGAGUCUCCAUUAUCAUCAACUUCUUGAGAGAAGCACUUUGGGUUCUUCUACUGUUCAAUAUGCCCUUCCACCUCAUAAACCUGUAUUGGAUGAUGUUGACCCAGAAUAUGGACUGCAUGACUACAAUCUACAUCUUGAUAUGCACAGUGGAAGCUGUACCUACCUGUGUGGAACGUUCAAGAACCUCUUCUGCAGAAAAGGUGACAUUGCAAAUGGAUAUUUGAGGCUCACAGCUGUAAGCUUAAAGGAUAAUACGAAGCACCUACCUCUUACUGGGACACUUGGUUUAUCCUGGGAAACAGAUGCAUUUAAAGGAAAUGUAAAGGACUGCUACGUGAUGGAUGUUACUCUCUUGGAUGAAACUGGAAAGCCGUUCUGGUGUUUUAGUGCCCCAGUCCACAUGGAACUGUCUUCCAAGGCCUCCAGCCUUUAUGACUACAUGGGUCAUAUCUAUACCACAGACUAUGCAGAUUCAGAGGGUAAAGUCUGUGUUGAGUUGGUAUGGUUGGAAGAAACCAAGGAGUAUUUCAUAGUCAAUUUGGUGCUUUAUAUAAGCACCAAAAAAGUAAAUAACUGGUAUGGAACAAAUUACUGACUUACUUUGGUCACUCAUCUUCUUGCUUUAAAAAAAAAAAAACAAAACCAAAACAAAAUGAAACAACAAAAACCACACUAAACUUCUGAUGCUUAAAAUUGAUACCAACAAGCAGGACUGUUCCUGUAAGCUUUUCAGUAACAAGUUCAAUUGCAUGAUUUUUUUUUUUAUUGGUUUGUAAGGGAUUGAAGAGAUGUUGAUAUAAAUGAAUGUCUUUGUUCAACGUCACAUGGUUAAUCUGUUUCUGGUUCUGGGUAUAUUGAAAUUAUUUUUAGGAAUGUUUUUCUUUAUAGAUAACUGUUACUAUGGUAAAUAAAUUGACUCUUGUGAGAGCCAUACUGUGAAAAUGCCUUACCUUAUGUAAGCUCCACUGACUUUUAUGCCUAGUAAAACAGCAUAUGUGCUAUUCCCUUCAGAUUUGUUAGAGGGUUAUUAAAUAACAGGUAAAUAACAGGUUUUGACAGAUUUUGUUAAAUGCAGAAAUACUUUUUUCAGAAAAUAUUUCACUUAAAUGUGUUCUAGUAGGUAAAAGCAGGAAGUCACAGAUCUGAACAAUAUGGCAGUUAAGGUAUUAAGAAAAUCACAUAUAAUAUCUGUUAUGAAAUGUCUUUAAAUUCCUCUUUGUUCUGUUUUCCCAUGCUCUGACUUUCUGAUUUGAGGCUGGGUACUCGUGUCAUGCAUUGCCCUGUGAAUAAGUGUCCCAAUUAUCGGCACAGCUGAGCUGGUGUCUGCUUUUACUGAAUGCAUGUAACAUUCAGCUGUUUUGGAAACAAUGCAUAUCUGAUGCUGUUUGUCUAACAAUAAGUAUUCAUAUAAAAAUUGAAUGCCUGUGCCUGAUCUUUCCGGUUCCCUGAAGUAACUUUAGGGCCAAACCUUCUACUCUCUGUAUAUAAAAAAAUGAAAUGACAUGAUGUUGGGACUCCAGUGUCAUUGCAUUGCAUGUUACAAACCACAGCAAAUUUGUGUAGUUUCACAGUACUCUGUUAAGAGAAAAAAAAAGAACAACUAUAUUGUUGACUUCUGUGACUUUAUUAAGGUAGUGAUUUCCUUAAAAAUAAUUUAUUUAUUUUCUUUAUUCACUUAAGUACAUUAAUUCGUUCAUGCAAACAAUCGUUAUGUAUAAGCACUUGUGCUCUAUACUAGAGAGACAGUAGGAGACCUACACUACAGCAAUAGGGUUGUUUCUUAAUGUUACUUUUAAAGAUAAUAAAGUUAUGGCUGAUUUGGUUCUA